AUGGUGGGUACACGAAGCAAUGGUAACCCAUCCAGUAGUGAUGUCCCUCCGCCCGAAGUGGACCCACGCCAACUUUUGGCAAUGAUUCAGGGACUGGCGACGAAUCAACAGCAUUUGGCUGGGCACUUGCAGCGGGAGCCUCACCAGCCUCCCCCUCGUACAGAACCUGGUGUCAGGGAGUUUCGGUAUAUGCGACCUCCUUCUUUCUCCGGUGGGACCUUUAGCAGCAGAGGAGUUCCUCAAGAGUGGGUAGAUCUCAUGGAUGUUCAGCUCACGGAUACAGCUAGAAUCUGGUGGGCUGCUGAGAAGACACACCUAGAGAGGCCGAUUCUGUGGGAGACAUUCACGGAUCGCUUCAAUAGGAAGUAUUUUCCACAGUCAGCCCGAGAUGAGCUCCUGCGUAGAUUUGUCGAGCUCAAGCAAGGGGGUCGAUCAGUCGACGAGUAUGAGGCCGAGUUUUCUUCUUUGAGCCGAUAUGCUCCUCACUUAGUUACAGACCCCACUAUCAGGAAACACCAGUUCCAGAAAGGUCUGGACAAGUAUAUCAGAUUGGCUUUGGCUGGUAGGGCUCUCGCGACUCACGACGCCGUAUUGGAUGCAGCACGCGAGAUUGAAAGCGUGCAGAAGGAACCAGAAGAUUCACACUUGAUUCAGAGAAGGACACCAGCGGCUCCGACCCGAAGUGUCGAGCGUCUCCCUCCGAGACAGCAGCAGCAGAACCCGCAGAGGCAGCAGCAUUCUCAGCGUCAGCCAUUUCAUCAGAGUCACCCUUAUCAGCGCCCGGGAGUGCAGACUCGCGGCCAGCCUUCGGUGAGGUGUUCCUAUUGCAGCUACCCUGGUCAUACUCAGCAGGAUUGCCCCAGGCGUCUUCAUCUAUGCUUCAGCUGUGGGUCCCCCGACCAUAUGAGUCGAGAUUGUCCUCAGAAACAGCAGGCUCGUUUGCCCCCACCUCCAGUUCGAGCAGCUCCUCCAGCUCCACCUCGACCUGCACCAGCAGCACAGCCCCAGCACAGGUCCUACCCUCGAACUGGACCUCUCCCUCCACAACAACAGCUUUAUCAGCAGGCACAAGGGCAGCAACCUCCACGUCAAACAUUCAUGAUGUCAGCUGUGGAAGCUGAGGCGAAUGAUCAAGUUAUCACUGCCUUACCUGAUGAUAGAAUGAUAGGAUUCAUUAUGAGUACUAAGCUUAGUCGUAAUUACCUUCUCCUGAAUAUCAAUACCGGCAGUGGUGUCUUAGUAGCAUCCAGUGGUUAUGAAUCAUGCCAUGUAGUCAUCUGCGGGAGAGAGCUCUUUGCAGAUUUCCUGGUGAUUGAUCUGCCGAGUUUCGACGCAGUAUUUGGAAUGGAUUGGUUGGGAUCAUUCUUUGCCACCAUUGAUUGCCGUCGUCGGAGCGUAGUAUUUGAGAUACCGGAUCACCCGAGGUUUGAAUUCCUUAGUGGUAGUACAUCGGCUGGACCGGUAGAGUAUAAAGCUAGACCGAAGAAGGCGACGUUUGCUGCCAUGCAAGUGGAAUCUGAGAAGCCAAUUGUAGUUCGGGAAUUUGAAGAUGUGUUUCCCGAUAACAUUUACGGGUUACCACCGGAUCGAGCAAUUGAGUUCUCCAUAGAACUGAAGCCUGGAGUUGCUCCGAUUUCCAAGACCCCUUAUCGUAUGCCUCCGGCUGAGUUGACCGAGCUUCGGACUCAGUUGGACGAUCUUUUGCAUAGAGGGUUGAUUCAACCUAGUGUAUCGGCAUGGGGAGCACCUGUAUUGCUCGUGGGAAAGAAGGAUGGAUCCAAGCGGAUGUGCAUCGACUACCGGGAGUUGAAUGCGGUGACAGUAAAGAAUAAAUAUCCACUUCCCCGUAUCUAUGAUAUCUUCGAUCAAUUGGGAGGAUCGAGAGUAUUUUCUAAGCUGGAUUUGCGGAGCGGAUAUCACCAGGUGAAGGUUAAGGAUUCUGAUGUCCCCAAGACUGCGUUCCGGACGAGAUAUGGACAUUAUGAGUUCUUAGUGAUGCCGUUUGAUGUGACUAAUGCGCCAGCGACAUUUAUGAACCUGAUGAAUUUGGUAUUCUAUGAUGUGCUGGACAAGUUUGUAGAAGUCUUUAUCGAUGAUAUCCUAGUGUACUCUAAGAAUGAAGCAGAGCAUGCAGAGCACUUGCGGUAUGUACUGAAGACCUUGAGAGAGCAUCGACUAUUCGCCAAGUAUAGUAAGUGUCAGUUUUGGCUAGACCGCAUUGCAUUUCUAGGACACGUGGUGUCAAGAGACGGCAUAUCUGUGGACCCGGAUAAAGUAGCUGUUGUUAAGGAUGGGCCUACCCCUAAGUCGGUGUCCGACAUUAAGAGCUUCCUGGGAUUAGCUGGAUAUUAUCGGCGUAGAGGAUUGGGAUGUGUUCUACAGCAAGAUGGUCAUGUGGUAGCGUAUGCUUCUCGUCAGUUGAAGAAGCAUGAGCAGAAUUAUCCUACCCACGACCUGGAGUUGGCAGCUGUGAUUUUUGCCCUUAAGCUUUGGAGGCAUUAUCUGUUGGGAGAGCAAGUAAAGGUGUUCACUGACCACAAGAGCUUGAAGUACAUUUUUACUCAGAAGGAGCUCAACAUGAGACAACGCAGAUGGUUAGAGCUAAUGGCAGAUUACGACAUUGACCUUCAGUACCACCCUGGCAAGGUUAAUGUAGUACCAGAUGCUUUGAGCCGUUUGCCAGCAAUCAUGACCCUCACAGCUCAGUGGAGACUUUAG